GGAAUUUUGUGAGAAACAACGAGAAAAGAAAAAGGUGGGUUUUUUAUUGGGCCGGGUUUGGUGGCAAAGAGAGAGAAAGACAAGAAGCUUCUACCUCUUCUCGUCCUUCGAGACGGUGCUUGCGCUCCUUGCUCUUCAGGGUGAUCUAGGUUUGAAUCUUAAGAUUUCUGAUUUAUUUCUUGAGACAUGGAGGGUGUUUGUUUCUGGUCAAGUUGCUACCAGUAUCAUUUGUUUUCAUUCCAAGAAAUGCUUGACUGGCGAUUCUUCAUCCUUGGAGAUUUUCUUCUGGUUUCCUUUGUUAAUUGCACUUAGUUUCCUGUUAUCCUACGUAAUGCUUGUUUCUUCUGAGACAGGUCCUGCAUCUUUAGUGAACUUGUACAAUGCAUUGCUGACCUAACAUCCAGUUAAAACAUCUGAAAAGUCCACCUUUGGGGGGUGAACUAUAUAAAUUGGUCUGUAUUUUGGAUGCUGCUUGCAUCUCGAGUAUUGGAUAUGCAAUUGCAUUGAAACAAUGCAGACUGUAGUUAUUAAUGAUGUCUUAUUGUUGCUCCUGAUGGUUAUUUGCGGCGACAAAACAUCAUUUACCUGGAAGUUCCAAACAACACCUAUGAACAAUAGAUGAAGUAGCUAUUAUCGAAGUCCUUACAAGUCUCGGGAUUUUAGCUAGAGAUUAAUUCUGUUGCUUUCAUCUAUCAUUUUGGUUGGACUUGAGAAGUGGCAGUACAAUCUCCAGUACUUGUUCAUUUCUGCCACAUGCGUCCUGCUAGCAUUACAAAGCUAUGGAUCUAUUAAUCAAUAAGGCUAUGCAGCCCUUCCAUCAGAAAGUUUCUGCUUUUGUGCCAGUUUUUGCCAUGACAGAGAUUUGAUGGUGGAUUUUGCUGGACCAGCUGAUAUCUGUUAAUAUUUUAUACUUCUUUCUAAGCAUUGUCUGCUAGAGAUAUAUGCCAUCUAUCUUUUGUGUGUUUGCUUAUACUUUUUGAAUAAAGGAGCUUAUUUGGGUUCUGCUGAAACAAUGGAGAGGUACAAGUUAAUUACGGAAGUUGGUGAUGGAACAUUUGGGAGUGUCUGGAGUGCCAUUAAUAAGCAAAGUGGUGAAGUUGUUGCGAUCAAGAAAAUGAAGAAGAAAUAUCACUCUUGGGAGGAGUGUGUAAACCUGAGAGAAGUUAAGUCUCUACGAAAAAUGAAUCACCCGAAUAUCGUGAAGCUGAAGGAAGUUAUUCGAGAAAGUGACAUCCUGUUCUUUGUUUUCGAGUACUUGGAAUGUAACCUCUAUCAUCUUAUGGAAAACAGGAAAAAGCUUUUUUCUGAAGAUGAAGUUAGAAAUUGGUGUUUUCAAGUUUUCCAAGGUCUUGCUUACAUGCACCAGCGUGGAUACUUUCAUCGUGAUCUGAAGCCUGAAAACUUGCUGGUCACCAGGGAUAUCAUCAAAAUUGCUGAUUUUGGCCUAGCUCGAGAGAUUAGUUCACAACCACCCUACACUGAGUAUGUCUCCACUCGGUGGUAUCGUGCUCCUGAAGUCCUGCUUCAUUCUAAUCUGUAUAGCUCCAAAGUUGACAUGUGGGCAAUGGGUGCUAUUAUAUUUGAGUUGUUCACUCUCCGUCCUCUAUUUCCGGGUACCAGUGAAGCAGAUGAGAUCUACAAAAUAUGCAGUGUGAUAGGUAGUCCAACCACUGAAUCUUGGGCAGAUGGACUCGAACUUGCCAGGGAUAUCAAUUAUCAGUUUCCACAGCUUGCUAGUGUACAUCUCUCUGCACUGAUCCCAUCCAGAAGUGAUGAUGCAAUCAGCCUUAUCACAUCACUUUGUUCAUGGGAUCCCUGCAAGAGACCAACAGCGGCAGAGGCCCUUCAACAUCCUUUCUUCCAGAGUUGCUUUAACAUCCCUCCGGUCAUUCGCACUAGAGCAGUAGCCAGAACUCCCCCAUCUGCUGGAACCAGGGGAGCAGUCGAUUGGCAAGGAGUCAAGAGAUAUUCUGGUGCUUUGCCUAAUUCAAAGCUCACCAAUAAUUUUUCUUCCCCGAUAUUACAUACUCCUUUAGCGUCAGCUGUGCAACGGAAACUGGAUAUGGCAAAUGAGAAUGAAAUUAAGAACAAGAAGUCCUCGAAGACUACUGAACAAACAAAAUAUCAACCACUAGGAAAAGACAGCCCAACUUCUGUAAACAAGGGGAGGACUGCACGUGGGGUUUCAGCAACCGCUGAAAAGUUGGCCAAUAUAUCUAUUGGUUCUCAAAGACAGUCCUUGGGGCAAAGCCGCCCGCCUCCAAUGAUGGCUGGAGUCAAUUGGAUUUCUGAGUCUGGAAACUUCUCUCUCAGGCCCGUACAACAGAUUCCAACUGGAAGAACUUUCACUAGAAAAGUUGCCGGAUGAGAUGUGAAGUGUUUGCUGACUUUGUAGAUUCUUUGUUGAUCACUAUUUUGAAUGUUCUAGUACAAAUCUUCCAUGGGGAUAUGUGGGUUUGCACCUAUCCUAAUGACUUUGGUGAUGUCUUAACUUGCAAACUUGUCCUGCCAUUGUUACUAUCAGGUGUUUGAUAUAUUUGUGUUGUGUGGGCGUACCGUGAGUUUAAUUCUGUAUGGCUUCGCAGUUGUGCUGAUGCUUUUUAAUCUUUUAUAUU